AUGUCGAUAUCCCACCCGGACGUUCCAGGCGAUCGCCAGCCCACUUGCGCCGAUUCGGACACGCCGACGCAGCGUGUCGAGACCAUGAGCAGAGGGCGCGAUGCUCACGACACGCACUCACGAGACACAAGUCGGCCUGCUUCCGAUCCGCAUCGAGACGAGCCAGGCGGUGUGAAUACGCGUCCGCCUUCGCUUCCUCCAUCGAGAAUCGAGUCUGCAUCACAGUCCACCUCUCACGCCGGUGAGCCGUCACGAUCUUCUGCGCAUACACAGCUUCUCGGCAUCAGGCACUUCGCCCGUAUCGCUCCCGAAAGGUUGCAGGCGAGUCCACAAAACAGUCCCCAGUUGCCGGGCCGCUCAAGCGACUCGCCAUCUGCUACGAAUCUUCCGCGCCUACAGGAAGAAAUUCGCAGCUCAGCAACGCAUCAAGUUGACGAGACGUUCUCCGUAGGCGAAGGUCGCCCUGCCGGCACAGUUAGGACUUCUAGUGUUCCUGCUGCUGCUGCGCUCGCCAACACCAACAACGGAGGAGUAGCACGGCUCAGCGAGCCACACGCCGCCCCUUGGGCACCUGCGCCUAUACUGCCUGGUCUUCCACGCCACUCCACCGAGAACAGAACAUAUCAACUCAUCAUCCGUCAACAGCCGCAGCAGGGAAGACUGUGUGGACUCGGAAGCAAAGACAAGCGGCCUUUGGACCCUUUACCCAUCUUGCAACUACGCGUCAUUAAUGCGGACGGCACCGAGGACGAAGACGUCGAAAACAGUCCAAACCUCGUCCUGCAGGUGACGCUGCACAAGGAGGACCCCGUCAGCGGCACACAUGCCGAGGCGGUGCUGGUGGAAUCCAACGACCCCAUGUAUCCCUGGACGAGAAUGCUCGAGGGCCGUCUCGUCGCCAGCGCCAACGUUGCGCGCGACCUGGACGGCUCGCGAGCGUGCUUCUUCGUCUUCACCGAUCUGAGCAUUCGACAAGAAGGACAGUUCCGGCUCGCGUUCAAGCUCCUCGCACUUGGGCCGCCCAGUCUUGCGCCGCCGAACUCGGCUGGCGGCGGUGGCCAUGUGCUGGCCGAGGCGCUCACCGAGCCGUUUACCAUCUACAGUCCACGGCGGUUUCCGGGGAUGACCGAGUCGACCGAGCUGGCCAAGUGUCUGGCGCGCCAGGGUAUCCAGGUACCUGUUCGGAACGACAUCCGUCGCAGGCAGGAGAUGGUUGACUCGAUGCAUGCGUCCACGGACGACAAGGAUGGCUUGGAUUGA